CAGGGGCGGACUGACAACUCAUGGGGCCCCCGGGCAAUAGGGGAUCAUGGGGGCCCUGUGUCCUUGCCCACACUCAAAGCACACUCAAAAAAGCCUAUAAAAGUUACCAGGGGCAUUUCAUGGGGUCCCCUACUGACCCCGGGCCCUCGGGCAGUGCCCGAGUGCUCGAAUGGUCAGUCCGCCCCUGGUCAUGGGUCUUCUCCAGGACCAGGUGGUUGUGGGUGGGAGAAUAGCUGUAAUCAUCUGCCACAGUGCAGGCAAUUGUGAACCUAGCCUUAGAGACUGGAGACAGGAGAUAGUAAAAAACCACAGACAUGUUACAAGAGAUGGUC